CUGGGGGCCAGGCCGGCCGAGCCGGGCCCGCGGUGGAGUGCUGCAGAGUCUCUGGGGUGGUAGAUCCGCCAGCGAGGCUGGGGAUGGGGGCGCCGCUGCUCUCUCCCGGUUGGGCAGCUGGGGCUGCCGGUCGGCGCUCGUAUGUGCUGCUGGCGCCCUUCCUGCUGACGCUGCUGCUGGUGCGGCCCUCGGGGGCCCUGGUGGAGGGGCUCUACUGCGGCACGCGGGACUGCUACGAGGUGCUGGGCGUGAGCCGCUCGGCGGGCAAAGCGGAGAUCGCGCGGGCCUACCGCCAACUGGCCCGGCGCUAUCACCCCGACCGCUACCGGCCGGAGCCCGGCGACGAGGGCCCCGGGCGGACGCCGCAGAGCGCCGAGGAGGCUUUCCUGCUGGUGGCAACCGCCUAUGAGACGCUCAAGGAUGAAGAAACACGAAAAGAUUAUGAUUACAUGCUGGAUCAUCCAGAAGAGUACUACAGCCAUUACUACCACUACUAUAGCAGGCGCUUGGCCCCUAAGGUGGAUGUUAGAGUUGUGAUUUUGGUCAGUGUAUGUGCUAUUUCAGUGUUUCAGUUUUUCAGCUGGUGGAAUAGCUACAAUAAGGCAAUCAGCUACCUAGCCACAGUGCCCAAGUACCGUAUCCAGGCUACAGAGAUUGCCAAGCAGCAGGGACUGCUCAAAAAAGCCAAAGAAAAAGGCAAAAACAAAAAGUCCAAAGAGGAAAUUCGUGACGAGGAGGAGAACAUCAUAAAGAACAUUAUAAAAAGUAAAAUAGAUAUAAAGGGGGGCUAUCAGAAACCCCAAAUCUGUGAUCUUCUCCUGUUUCAAAUUAUCUUAGCUCCUUUUCACCUAUGCUCAUAUAUAGUUUGGUAUUGCCGGUGGAUCUAUAAUUUUAACAUCAAAGGCAAAGAAUAUGGAGAGGAAGAGAGAUUGUACAUUAUACGUAAAUCUAUGAAGAUGUCAAAGUCUCAAUUUGAUAGUCUAGAAGAUCAUCAGAAAGAAACUUUUCUUAAACGAGAGCUCUGGAUCAAGGAGAAUUAUGAGGUCUACAAGCAAGAACAAGAGGAGGAAUUAAAGAAAAAGUUGGCAAAUGACCCCAGAUGGAAGAGAUACAGGAGAUGGAUGAAGAAUGAAGGGCCUGGGCGGUUAACAUUUGUGGAUGACUGAAGAUUGAUGAAAUGCUACUAUGCCAAACCUUAAUUGUGAUAUUAUUUUCAUAACUGAAUUAUUUUAGAAAUGUAUCAAUUGCCGCUCAGCAGUAACUAAAAUUCCUCAAGUAUUUGAUUAAACAGAAUAAUGUCGAAAUUUAAAUCUUCCUUUAAAACUUUAUACAUAAGACAUUUAUGAUUGUUCAAUUUUUAUAAUCUAUUUGUGGAUUUUGUUAAAAGAUUUCACAUGAAGAUUUAUUAGUUGCCAUUUAAAAUUUUUAUAUGUUUAGUUAAAAGAUUUGACAUGAAAAUUUAUUAGAUACCAUUUAAACAUUUUA